AUGGCACCAAGAAAUGAAUCGCCUUCUCAUCUUGAAGAGGUAUUGAAUGAGUUUAACAAACAGACUUUGGACAUCUGUGCUAAUGAGAAGACUGACAUGUUGCUGCAGUUACCUUACAUGGCAGUUGGCUUCUUCAAUAAUAGAGGGGGCAUUUUGGCUCUGGAGAAAUAUGAUGUGCACCUUUACAUUCCGCAUGGUGCAAUAGCUGAAGGCCCUCCCCAGCUGGUGUAUAUCUAUGUCAACCCUGAUGAAGUAGAUGCUGAGAAAGUCAAUGAUGAAGAGGAACAGUUGUCACCAGAGGUUCAAUGUGGUCCUCCAGGUCUCACAUUUGAAGACAGUGUGGUGUUGUCUUUUCCUCAUCAUGCAGACUCAUCUGGCUGGGAUUUUACUGCUAAGAUGUCUCCAGCGUCUUCAGAAUCCUGGCAAGCCCUUGAUAGCAGCACUGAUGGUCAGCUGGUGUCUGCUGAGGGAGGCAGAGCAAUUUUUCUGGUCAAUCAUUUCACUGGGUUUGCAUUGUUUGGCACAUCAUCGGGUAGUAAUGGAAUUUGUGUGAGAGUUGGAGCCUUUGGAAAUAUCUUUGAUCUGAGGAGUUAUGCUUUUCGAGUUUAUAUGUGGAAGGAUGACAAGGUGUCUGAGGAGAGAGUUGAGGAUCUUGAGAGGAAACAAAGAUCAGAAAUGUUGGAUACCUAUAAGAAUAUGACUUUUGUCAAAGAUAGAGGACACAUGCAUGUGGAGAUGACAGAAACCGUUGAGGGAUUGAAAGUGAGACCACAAACAACCCAGGAGACUCAAGCAGUUGUCAAGGGAGACUUGGAAAUACAAGUACAGAAUGAGUAUUUGGCCAUGGAAGCCGUGUAUGGGUCUAGGGGCAAAGCUCUUGGGAGAUCCAUGAAGAGGAUGUAUGGGCGUUCUCUCAGAAUUCAGUCUCAUUCAAUGUGA